AUGAACGGCAGCCCGAUCCGCAAGUUGGCGGACAGCUCACUUGCUAUCCUAUCAGGACACAAGGACCCCCAGGCUCCCAGUACCAAUGACCAGGUUGGGGCUCCUUGCCAGCUCAAGAGAGCUUUGAUUGGUUUGUGGCCCCCUGAUGUACGAAGUCUUUAUGCACUGAUGGGGCGGCUGGGCGGCAAGAAGAAUGUGUGUCUGACAGCUCACGUUGGUGUUACACGGGAGGCCCCUCAGCUGUUGGGUGGGCAAACAUAUUCCGCCGUUCAGAUUGAUGACGCUGCCGAUGCAACCACAUCUUUGAAAUACAGCGCUUUGGGUGACUUCUUCUCGGGCAAAGUCGUUGAUAAUCUGUUCUUUAUUACAUUUGCAGCCCGGUCCUUGAUGGGAACUGAGCCAAAAGGUCGCCUGGGUGAAGCUUGGUGUUCAUAG